GAUGAUUAUCUAGUACGAAAAUCAGACAAGAUUUCGAGUCUAACGAGACUUCAAACUCGAAUACGAAUCCAGCCUAAGUGCAUAGCAUACCUUUAGCCUAAGAGGAUGACAUGAGUCGAACAAGUUUUGAAACCAAAAAGGGGCGAUGUCCGUAGACAUCGCAAGUUUCGCUCCUCACGCAAUGCCGAAUUCCAAGUACGUCUUCCGCAGAGCCCGAGAUAAUGAGGUAUAUAAACCUGGGUAGAGAGCCUUUGUACAAGACCUUGCGUUCAACACUGCGGAGAUCGAAUUUUCUUGAAGAAAGAGCAGCGCUUUUCACCAUUUGAGCCUCGGCGAAACCGGCGAAGUCAGCGAAGUCAGCCCAUGUGAAAGCUACCCAUAUCAAAUCCACAGCAAUCAAACAACAAAAUGAUUGUCGAACGCGACGUACCUAUCACAGCAGAUGAUGGACUCGUACUUCGAGCCGAUGUCUUCAGACCUGACGAUGAGAAGCCCGCACCCGUGAUUAUGACCCUGGGCCCUUACGGAAAGGGAGUUGAGUACAAGGACGGCUACAAAGACAAAUGGGAUUGGCUUCUGAACGCUCAUCCCAAUAUUCUUCCAGGCUCGACAAAGUCCUUCGAAACUUGGGAAACCGUUGACCCCGAGCUGUGGACAAAAGCGGGAUAUAUCUGCAUUCGAGUCGAUUCUCGAGGAACAGGACGAUCGCCUGGUCACCUUGACAUCUUUGCUCCUCGCGAAAUCAAAGAUUUCUACGAUGCUAUUGAGUGGGCUGGUGUGCAGAAUUGGAGCAAUGGCAAAGUAGGAUUGUUAGGAAUUUCUUACUAUGCAAUCACUCAAUGGCUGGUUGCGGCACUUCAACCACCUCACCUCGCUGCGAUCAUCCCGUGGGAGGGCGCUGCCGAUUAUUACCGUGACACCGCACGCCAUGGAGGAAUUGUUUCGAACGGAUUCCUUGAAGCUUGGUAUCAUCGUCAAGUUGUGUCAAACCAACACGGCAAUCCUUCAGGAAAGACAGACCCUUGGCUCAAGGAACGGGCGACUGGCCCAGCUGAACUCUCGGACCAAGAAUUGCGCGCAAAUCGUUGUGAUCCAGUUCAAGAUAUUGUGGAUCAUCCUCUGGACAAUCAGUUUUACAAAGACCGCACAGCAGAUUUGUCUAAGAUCAAGGUACCUUUCCUGAGCGCUAGCAAUCUUGCUGGGUUUGGCCUUCAUGAUCGUGGCAACCACGAGGCUUUCAAGUUUGCGGCGUCAACCCAGAAAUGGUUGCAACUCCAUCCUGGACGACACGAAGAGUGGUUCUAUCUAAAUGAUAACAUCGAACUUCAGCAGCGCUUCUUUGACCACUUCCUGAAGGAGAUCAACAACGGUUGGGACAAGGAAUCUCCUGUCCUACUCAACACGCGAAGGCCAUUUUCCACCACCUUCGAGCUUCGCAAAGAGACGGAAUGGCCGUUGAAACGAACGGAAUGGACAAAAGCUUACCUCGACUCAUCAAGCAAAGCUCUUUCCUGGCAAACAGCCGGAAAACAGACCAACGUCAGCUUCGAUGCAGCAGGCGAGCCUGUAACUUUCACUUCCGCACCUCUGGAACAGGAAACCGAAAUCACGGGCCCAUUGGCAGCAAAACUCUUCAUCUCUUCCUCAACCACAGACGCAGAUCUCUUCUUGACUCUUCAAGCUUUCUCGCCCGACGGCCGCGAAGUGACAUUCCAAGGAGCUCAAGAUCCCAACACGCCUCUUGCUCAAGGCUGGCUCCGAGCUUCUCACCGCAAGCUUGACACCCAGCUCAGCCUUCCUUAUCGUCCAUACCAUAGUCAUGACGAGCUUCAACCGCUCGAACGAAGGAAGGUGUACGAAGUUGAUGUGGAGAUCUGGCCAACGGCCAUAAUUCUUCCGAAGGGGUUUACACUUGCGUUGCAGAUUGGCGGGAAGGACUUUGAGAGGGGGAACAAAGAGGGAGGGGUGUUUAGAGGUUCGGGACCUUUCUUGCAUACGCAUAAGAAAGAUCGGCCUGAGAGUGUGUUUGCAGGGAAGACGAUGGUCUAUACGGGUGGGGAGUAUAAGUCUUAUGUUUUGCUUCCUAUUAUCAAGGAGUAGUUGGUAGUUUGCCCCAGUAAUCGAGAACAUCAUGCGCAGCUUUUUUAUUACAUGUUUAUUUUCAAGUGUAAGGUCACAGGCAAUGGAAGUUGAAUUGUUGAAUGAGAAGCUGAAGAAUUUCAGUCUCAGUGUGAUAGACUUAUCAAAAUACUACUGCUGUUUGUAUUCG